UUUAAUUACCCGUAAGCCAUCGCUUAACCACACAAACAACAAUACUUCGUCUCACAUUUCUCUCUUUCUUUUAUAUUGAUUUUCUUGCUCUUUCCGGGCUUAAUUAAGCUUGCACGCACCAACCGUCCCUCUUUCGCUCACACUCUUCCUUCCACUCUCCCAAUACUCACUCACUCUCUCUAAGUUUUUGUGUAUAAAUAUGUACACGUCGUUGUAGUGGCUCUGUGCUCGCUAGCUUCGUCAUCUACCACUGCAAUUUACACGACGGCCAUGAUGAGGCUGCUGCUGGUGGCGGUGGCGGUGGCGAUGGCGGCGGUGGUUGUGGCGGCGGAGGAGAGGGCGACGUACAUCGUCCACAUGGCGAAGUCGGCGAUGCCGGCGGAGUACGGGGACGACCACGGCGAGUGGUACGGCGCGUCGCUGCGCUCCGUGUCCGGCGCCGGGAAGAUGCUGUACGCGUACGACACCGUGCUCCACGGCUUCUCCGCGCGGCUCACCGCGCGGGAGGCGCGCGACAUGGCGGCCAUGGACGGGGUGCUCGCCGUCAACCCGGAGGCGAGGUACGAGCUGCACACCACGCGGACGCCGGAGUUCCUGGGGAUCGCCGGGAACGACGGGCUGUUCCCGCAGUCCGGCACGGCGGGGGACGUCGUCGUCGGGGUGCUCGACACCGGGGUGUGGCCGGAGAGCAGGAGCUACGACGACGCGGGCCUCGGCGAGGUGCCGUCGUGGUGGAAGGGGGAGUGCAUGGCCGGGACGGGGUUCAACUCCUCCGCCUGCAACCGGAAGCUCGUCGGCGCGCGGUUCUUCAACCGUGGGUACGAGGCGGCGAUGGGGCCCAUGGACACCACCAGGGAGUCGCGCUCCCCGCGCGACGACGACGGACACGGCACGCACACGUCGUCCACGGCCGCCGGCGCCGCCGUCUCCGGCGCCAGCCUGCUGGGGUUCGCGUCCGGCACGGCGCGCGGCAUGGCGCCCAGGGCGCGCGUCGCCGUGUACAAGGUGUGCUGGCUCGGCGGCUGCUUCAGCUCCGACAUCCUCGCCGGGAUGGACGCCGCCGUCGCCGACGGGUGCGGCGUGCUCUCGCUCUCGCUCGGUGGCGGCGCCGCCGACUACGCGCGCGACAGCGUCGCGAUCGGCGCGUUCGCGGCGAUGGAGCAGAACGUCCUGGUGUCCUGCUCCGCGGGGAACGCCGGGCCCGGCACGUCCACGCUGUCGAACGUGGCGCCAUGGAUCACCACCGUGGGCGCGGGGACGCUCGACCGCGACUUCCCGGCGUACGUCUCGCUUGGCAACGGCAAGAACUACACCGGCGUCUCCCUCUACGCCGGGAAGGCCCUCCCCUCCACCCCGCUCCCCAUCGUCUACGCCGCCAACGCCUCCAACUCCACGGCGGGCAACCUCUGCAUGCCAGGGACGCUCACGCCGGAGAAGGUGGCCGGCAAGAUCGUCGUCUGCGACCGCGGCGUCAGCGCGCGGGUCCAGAAGGGCUUCGUCGUGCGCGACGCCGGCGGCGCGGGCAUGGUGCUCUCCAACACCGCCACCAACGGCGAGGAGCUCGUCGCCGACGCGCACCUCCUCCCCGCCGCGGGCGUGGGCGCGAAGGAAGGCGCCGCAAUAAAGGCGUACGUGGCCUCCGACCCGAGCCCCACGGCCACCAUCGUGGUCGCCGGGACGCAGGUGGACGUGCGCCCGUCGCCGGUGGUCGCCGCGUUCUCGUCGCGCGGGCCCAACAUGCUGACGCCGGAGAUCCUGAAGCCGGACAUCAUCGCGCCGGGGGUGAACAUCCUCGCGGCGUGGACCGGCAAGGCUGGGCCGACGGGGAUCGCCGCCGACACGCGCCGCGUCGCCUUCAACAUCAUCUCCGGCACGUCCAUGUCGUGCCCGCACGUGAGCGGCCUCGCCGCGCUGCUGAGGAGCGCGCACCCGGAGUGGAGCCCCGCCGCCGUGCGGUCGGCGCUCAUGACCACCGCCUACUCCACCUACGCCGGCGCCGGCGACGCCAACCCGCUCCUCGACGCGGCGACCGGCGCGCCCGCCACGCCGUUCGACUACGGCGCCGGCCACGUCGACCCGGCCAGCGCCGUCGACCCGGGACUCGUCUACGACCUCGGCACCGCCGACUACGUCGACUUCCUCUGCGCGCUCAACUACACGUCCACCAUGAUCGCCGCCGUGGCGCGGAGCAAGAGCUACGGCUGCACGGAGGGCAAGGCCUACUCCGUGUACAACCUCAACUACCCGUCCUUCGCCGUGGCGUACUCGACGGCGAGCAGCCAGGCGGCGGAGAGCUCCGGCGCGGCGGCGACGACGGUGACGCACAGGCGCACGCUCACCAACGUCGGCGCGGCGGGGACGUACAAGGUGAGCGCGGCCGCCAUGCCUGGCGUGGCCGUGGCCGUGGAGCCGACCGAGCUGGCGUUCACGUCGGCCGGCGAGAAGAAGAGCUACACGGUGAGCUUCACGGCGAAGUCGCAGCCGUCGGGCACCGCCGGAUUCGGCCGCCUCGUCUGGUCGGACGGCAAGCACAGCGUGGCGAGCCCGAUGGCAUUUACGUGGACAUGAUGAGCGCCGCCAAGUCAGAGUGGUCACCACACACACACGCACACUACCACGGUUAAAGGGCUGGAGUGUAAAAAAAAUAUUUGGGUGGAUUUGGGAGGGGGUUUAAAAAUUUGGUGGUAUUUCGAAGUGUUCAUAAUGCUAUUAAUCUUAAAGUUUAGAUGGUGAUUUUUGAGAGUGAAUGUUGAUGGGAGGUCUUGGGUGAUGGGUUGGAUGGAUGUUGCUUUCUUGGAAUCAAAUUAUUAGAGUUAGGUUGGAAUCUUGGGGCUCUUGGCUAGCUAAGAUUGGGGCCAGGGCAGGGCUGGACCAGAUUGCAACUUUUGCAAGGGCAGCUACACACUUUCACUGUAACAAGAGGAAACUUGUUGGGGGGGGGGGGGGGGGGCUAAAACAUAAAUGUCCUCAACAAGUUCCCAGCAAAAUGUUUCACCUAAAUUAUUCUUUGUUCAAUGGCAUUUCCUGGAGUGUUAAAAGGUGAUUUUGCUUGUGUGAUGAUUGUUUUUUUCUUAUGGGCUGCUAGUUACUCUCAGCAAAAUUACUACACAUCUACAUCAAAUACAUCAAUGAUGUAAUGCAGUGGACAGCACGAUGUAAUGGUGCCUUUGGGGCGAAGCUUUUGUGACGAAUUUCAACUCAAGUGGAUUGAAACAGGAUCCAUGCUGUGCGUAAUCGCACUAGAAACUCUUUGCUGUUUGUCGCGUCCACGAUGUUUUCUUGGCUGUUAUUUAUUUGAGCUUGUACGACCCAUGACGUAUGCUUGCAUAAUAUAAAAAGCAUGUCAUACAUGUGUUUGUGUACUCCUAUA